AUGCUUAAACGUGCAUCUGUUACUGAAAAUAAUGAUACGGACACAGCAGAAUUCGAAAUGUCAAACAGUAUCAGUCCACCUAAAGUCGAAUUCAAAGGUAUUCCAUCAGAAAAAAGCGAAUCCGAUCAUCCUUCUACCUCUACUAAAUCCCAUCGUCAUCUAUCCAAAAAAAAGCUUCGUUCUACACUAACUGCAUCACGUCAAAUCUAUUUUAAUCAUCGUUAUAUUCAUUCUCAUCCGUCUCUAUCAUUUACAUCAAAAUUAUUUCGUGGUCCAUUCAAUCGUCAAAUACAAUAUUGUAUACGUCUUACAUGUAGUUUUUUAUUUGGUGCAUUUUUGGCUUACGGGACAUCGUUACGGAUGAGUUUAAGUCAACAGUUCUUAGUACCAGUAAUGAGUACAAUGUGUGUACAGGAGACACUGGGACUAACGUUACUCGGAUGUUAUCAAAUGUUAAAGACAUUAGUGCCAAUUAGUAUCUUUUUAUUUAUAGUACAAAAGAUUGGGUUGGGAUAUCAUGAUUAUUUAGAACUAUUUGUAUUGGGUAUGGCAGUUGCAGUAGCAACAUCGUUGGUCAUUUUCCCUCUUACGGCUACAUUUGAUAUUGAAAAUCGGUUUUAUUACGCAUUAGAAAAUUUAAAUCAAUUAUAUGCAUUAAGUAUACAAGGUUUUUUAUCAGGUGAUCAAAUUGCAUCACAAGUUCCGCAAACACAAGGUACACUAAUUUCAGUCUUUUAUCCUGAAGGAAAUGUUUUUGAAAGUUUUGCCAGAAGUAAAAUUUUAGAACAAUUUACCCGUGAAUCAAUGAUUAUUAUGCAAAGUCGUCUUGCAGAAAUACGUUUUGAACCUGUACGUUUAUUACAAAAAUUAUUUAAUCGUUCAAAAUUAAAGAUAAUCGAUUUAACGUUACAACAACAAAAUGAGUUUAUUAGCAGCCUAAUGUUUUAUGUAUGUUCAAUGAUGCUGAUGGUAAAAGAAGCGAAAUUUAAUGAAUAUCAUUCAUUUUAUGCACAAGAACUGAAAUCCACUUUGUUAGAUAUAACAGCGCGACAAAUAAAUGUAGUUGAAUAUUUAACAAAGAGCUCGACGAAAGUGAAAAGAGAUGAAUUUUUAAAGGUAUAUAUAUAUAUUAGCUAAAAUGAAUCGCAUUUUACAGAAAACUUGUGAUAUUAAUGGCGAGAUUACGAGUGUCGACGCUUUGUACAAAAACUCGAUUUUCACCUAUAUUUCGCGGGGGGCGGCGGCCCCGCGGGGGGGGGGGGGGGGGGGGCGGGGGGGGGGGGGGGGGGGGGGGUUGGGGGGGGGGGGGGUGUGGGGGGGGGGGGGGGGGGGGUGUGGGGGUGGGGGGGGGUGGGUGGGGGGGUGGUGUGGGUGUGGGGGGGGAGGUGGAGGGG